AGCAACUUCUCACCCUCGCGGGCCGCGUUCAAACCACUAACUGCCUUCCCGGCGCCGCCGUCUCCUCCGCCGCAAUGUCCAACAGCGACACCGUCCCUCUCCAUCCCACCUCCCAAUCGGACAUCGACGAGAUUGAGAAUCUCAUCAAUUCCUAUUCCUCCGCCGUCCCCGCCGCCCGCCCCCCUUCCCCACCCCGCGCCUCCAUUCCCGUCAAUCCGCCACCGCCUCCUCCUCCGAUCAAUACAUCCAACGUCCCCUCGCAAUCCAUUCCGAAACCCUUCCCCACCCCCUCCAUUACCCCUUCCAAGCCUGCCCUUGGCGGCGGCAGCCACAGCAUCGCGGCGACCGCGCUAGGCUCUCCGCCGGACACUCUUACGGAGCCUGUUUGGGAUACGAUUCACCGCGAUUUGUCCAGAAUCGUCAAUAAUCUGCAGUUGGUUGUUUUCCCCAAUCCGUACAGGGAAGAUCCGGGGAAGGCAUUGCGAGAUUGGGAUCUUUGGGGCCCAUUCUUCUUCAUCGUUUUCCUCGGCCUUAUUCUCUCAUGGUCGGCCUCCAUUGAGAAGUCUGAAGUAUUCGCUGUUGCGUUUGCGCUGCUUGCAGCCGGAGCCGUAAUUCUGACUCUGAAUGUUUUGUUAUUGGGGGGGCAGAUCAUCUUCUUCCAGAGCCUGAGCCUGCUGGGGUACUGCCUAUUCCCUCUGGACAUGGGCGCGCUGGUGUGCAUGGUGAUGGUGAAGUUCCACGUGAUAAGCAAAGUGGUGGUGGUGGGAGUGGCCAUGGCCUGGAGCUCCUGGGCUGCCUAUCCCUUCAUGAGCACCGCCGUCACCCCCAACAGAAAGGCCCUCGCCCUCUACCCCGUCUUGCUCAUGUAUGUAUCCGUCGGAUUCCUCAUCAUCGCUAUCCACUGAUUCUUUCUUCCCCAUCCUAACUACUUUCACAAUAUAUCAUUUUUUUUUUCAUUGAUAUACGCACGUACACAUUCACUACACAUACAGACAUGCCUACAAUUUUGAGUUGAGCUUUUGAAAGACAAGUCCAUGACGUGAUGUUAUUCCCUUUAUAUCGACUUUUAAACAAAUAAAUGGCAUUCUAUUGUUUUCUUUACUUUAUGGGAACAGUUACGGUGUUGAUUUUUCCUCGUAAUAUAUACAAACAUACAAUUUUAUUGUACACAACAUA